AUGUUUGAAUGGGAAAGUGAAGAACUUCCAAGAAGAUCUUCUGUUACAUCCAAAGACCAUUGCAACAAAACUGUAGACAUAUUCGAGGACGUUACUUCAUCGGAUGUCACCAAUCAGAAUAUCGGACGUCCUUUAGCAUGUUGGUACCGUUUUCGUAGUCUACAUGGUUCGCCAAGAGAUUUUGUCCUUCAGCUACGUUUUAAAAAAAUCAAAGUUGGCCACUAUCAUCAAUGCCACCACUGUGAUGGAGGAUUUUUACAGAUUGUUGAUGGUAAUGCCAAAACGGACGUAUCGAAUCGACGAGAACCGGAAAUGUUUUGCGGUGGAGCCGAACAACCACAAACGUUCAUUAGUGAAACGAGCUAUGUCAAAGUCCUCUUCCAUACCGAUAUUUUCACGGAUCAGCCCCGUGUCGUUGACAGAGAGCAGCAGCAAGCAAAAGCAUAA